CCCCCCCCCCAGCAGCAGGGCAGCUCCACUGACAGCGCCUACUUUGUGCUGGUGGACAUGUACCUGAAGUACUUCCUGCCCAGUGAGGGCAGCGUCCCCCCCUCGCCUUUCUCCGACUCCAGAGGCUCCGUCACUGCUCCCUCACCCAGAUCUACGAGUGUGUCCUUCUCGGGGUACGGCGUGCACAGCCCCAGCCUCCUGAAGCAUCACAUCUUCCACCAGCCGUCAGUGAACGCUGACCCGUCAGCGCAGGAGAUCUGGAGGUCAGAGACUCUGCUGCAGAUGUUCGUGGAGGUGUGGCUCCAUCACUAUUCGUUAGAGAUGUAUCAGAAGCUGCAGUCUCCUCAGGUAAAGGUAAGAUAAAUAACCCCCCCCCCUCCUCUCACCUGAAGCA